AUGGCAGCCCUGCGCUACGCUGGCCUGGACGACACGGACAGCGAGGACGAGCUGCCCCCGGGCUGGGAGCAGAGAACCACCAAGGACGGCUGGGUUUACUACGCCAAUCAUGCUGAGGAGAAGACCCAGUGGGAACAUCCAAAGACUGGAAAAAGAAAACGAAUAGCAGGAGAUUUGCCAUAUGGAUGGGAACAAGAAACUGAUGAGAACGGACAAGUUUUUUUUGUCGACCAUAUAAAUAAAAGAACCACCUAUUUGGACCCGAGACUGGCAUUCACGGUGGACGAGAACCCUGCGAAGCCAACCAGCAGGCAGAGGUACGACGGCAGCACCACCGCCAUGGAGAUCCUCCAGGGCCGCGACUUCACCGGCAAAGUGGUCGUGGUCACCGGAGCUAAUGCAGGAAUAGGGUUUGAAACUGCCAAGUCUUUUGCCCUCCAUGGUGCCCAUGUGAUUCUUGCCUGUAGGAAUAUGACAAGGGCCAAUGAAGCUGUGUCACAGAUUUUAGGAGAAUGGCACAAAGCCAAGGUAGAAGCAAUGACCCUGGACCUUGCUCUGCUCCGUAGCGUGCAGCAUUUUGCUCAAGCGUUCAAGGCCAAGAAUCUAUCUCUUCACGUGCUUGUGUGCAAUGCAGCGGCUUUUGCUCUACCCUGGAGCCUCACCAAAGACGGCCUGGAGACCACCUUCCAGGUGAAUCACCUGGGUCACUUCUACCUUGUCCAGCUCCUUCAGGAUGUCCUGUGCCGCUCUGCUCCUGCCCGAGUAGUUGUGGUCUCGUCGGAGUCCCAUAGAUUCACAGAUAUUAAUGAUUCCUCGGGAAAACUGGACUUCAGCCGCCUUUCUCCAUCUAAAAAUGACUACUGGGCCAUGCUGGCUUAUAACCGGUCCAAGCUCUGCAACAUUCUCUUCUCCAAUGAGCUCCACCGCCGCCUGUCCCCACGCGGGGUCACGUCCAAUGCCGUGCAUCCUGGAAACAUGAUGUACUCCUCCAUUCACCGCAACUGGUGGGUGUACACGCUGCUGUUUACCUUGGCCCGGCCUUUCACCAAGUCCAUGCAACAAGGAGCUGCCACGACCGUCUACUGCGCGGCCGCCCCGGAGCUGGAGGGCCUCGGAGGGAUGUACUUCAACAACUGCUGUCGCUGCGCGCCGGCCCCGGAGGCCCAGAGCGAGGAGACGGCGCGGGCCCUGUGGGCGCUCAGCGAGAGGCUGAUCCAGGAGGGACCCGGCGGCCGGUCCGGCUAA